AUGGUAUGUAUUACUCCUUUCCUACCUUGCAUCGUCAUCAGCAACGCCCUGUUAGUGCUAGCAGUUAACAGAAAUUACAGCCUCCGAACACCAACAAAUGCCAUUAUUGUGAGCCUCGCUAUCUCUAAUCUCCUCGACGCCCUUCAUCUCGCUAUCUCUAAUCUCCUCGACGCCCUUGUUGGGAUUCCACUUUAUGUGUAUGCAACCGUUUUUAAAUUCGAGGCAUGGUGCUUCGAUGAAGAAAAUACUCCUAACUAUGCUCUACCCCUGAUUGCACUAUCUGGUGUUUCGUUUUGUCACAUUGUGGCGUUGACUGCAGAUCGAUUCAUAGCUGUUACGAAGCCGUUACGUUAUGCCAGCCUGGUGACGUUUAGACGCAUUGCCAUCGUCCUGGGGUGUCUUUGGCCUCUUACUAUUGUGUCUAACACCGCCCAAUCUUUUAGCUUAGCGCAUGGAUCACAUAUAAGUCACGACCAGAAAGUAACGGACUGUGGGGCGCCUUUAACUGGGACAUUGAACGUUACCUUCACCUGGUUGAUGGUUUGUGUGACCGUGAUUUCAAUGGUUGCGCUGCUUGCCAUCAAUGCUUUGAUUCUUCACAUCGCAGUCAAACAAGCGAGAAAGAUUGCGAGUCAAAGAGUGAUCAUUCAGUUCCAACAGCAGCAACUCCCAGUACAAGAUGACCGAUUGAAAGCAUUUAAGACUAUCUCCCUUGUCGUGGCAGUCUUCAUUAUCUUCUGCAACGCCCUGUUAGUGCUAGCAGUUUACAGACAUUACAGCCUCCGAACACCAACAAAUGCCAUUAUUGUGAGCCUUGCUAUCUCUGAUCUCCUCGACGCCCUUGUUGGGAUUCCACUUUAUGUGUAUGCAACCGUCUUUAAAUUCGAUGCAUCGUGCUUCGCUGAAGAAAAUACUCCUUACUAUGCUCUACCCUGA